AUGGAUGAGAAAACUGCAUCCAAAAACAUUUCCUCCGACGGAGACAAGCGAAUGGAAGAAUUGAUUCAAACACUUCCACAAGAGAAAGACUGGGUUGGCUCCGCUAUCUACCAAUACCAAGGCUUUUGGUGCCCAUUCUAUGUACCCAAGUCAAUCAUUGCAUUUCAAAACCCCUUCAAAGCGCAUGAAACUGAUAUCUUCUUAAUCACUAUGCCCAAAUCAGGCACCACGUGGUUGAAGGCUCUCAUCUUCUCCAUUGUGAACCGCAACCAAUUUCCACCCACGCAAAGCCCUUUACUUGCCACAAGCCCCAAUGAACUUGUACCUUUUAUUGAUUUGGACGUCUACUCAAAAAACCAAACUCCUGAUCUUGAAAAUGAAACUUUUCCUAACCCAAGAAUUUUUACGACUCACACACCCUACGGUUCAUUGCCUGAAUCCAAUUGUCGUAUUGUUUAUCUUAUUUGCAGGAACCCUCUCGAUCAAUUCAUCUCGGAGUGGCACUUUAUUGUGAACCAUUUUCCUAGAAAUGAACGUGUCAAACCUGUUUCAAUAGAGGAAGGUGUUGACAAGUUCUUGAAAGGAAUCUUUUGUCUAUUUUGCGAACAUGUUUUAGGGUAUUGCCGGAUGAGCUUGGAGGCUCCUGAAAGAGUCUUAUUUUUUAAAUAUGAAGAUUUGAAGGAGGACAUUUCUUCCAACUUGAAGACGCUGGCUGAUUUCUUGCGCUACCCUUUCUCGGAGGAGGAAAUCAGACAAGGAGGUGUAGAAGGAAUAUCAAAACUUUGUAGCUUCGAAACCCAGAAGAAUCUGGAAGUGAGCAAGAGUGGGCAAAGCGAUGUUAGGUUUAAGAAUUCAGCAUUUUUCAGGAAUGGUAAAGUGGAAGAUUGGAUAAAUUUCGAAAAUUCAUUAAUUGCUGAUCGCAUGGAGCAACUUUUUGAAGAAAAACUUAGUAAUUCCGGCCUCGGAGUUUGAUUUGUUAGACAAAAAAGCAUAGACUUCGAAAUCCAGUAAGUACUUAGGAA